UAUCUCUACUUUUUCUUUCUUUCUUUUUCUUCUAUAUGUGGUGUGACAGUAGGGCGAUCUGUCACCCAGGAUUCUCAACGAGGUAGGUUGAGGGGCUCCGGGGUAAGUGUUGGAUGUGGAGGAAAGUGGCUUUUCACUUUCCUCCUUUGUUUGUAAGGUCUGUUUUGGGAUCUGGAGCCUGGAGAUUUCAAAGAGAUCUGGGAGGGAUGAAAUCUCCAAUCCUGGGACCAGGUUUUGGGAAUGGCCAGGAGACUGAUUGCACAGGUGUGUGCUGGCCU